AUGGAACAAGCAACCUCACCCCGCCAACCCACCGACACCGGUGCCGUCUGCACCCCCACCAAAUACCAGUGCCGCCAAAAUCCAGAUAGCACCUGGGGCUGGGACGUCUGCAACACCUCCAAAUGGGUGAACGGCGGCAACUGCACGCCAACAGAAACCUGCGUCUUCAACUCCCUCAACGGGUCUCCCUACUGCGUGCCCAACCCGCCCAAGAACUCCGCCAAGGAGACCGGGAAACAGUGCUUCCCCGGGAAGUACCAGUGCAAGUACGACGACUCCAAGGGCUGGAGCAUCGAAACGUGCAACAGUGCUGGCAGCUGGGGCCAUACCCUCGACUGCGCGGCCACUGAGACGUGCACUUGUAGCCCGGUAGCUGGGUAUCCUUACUGCACUCCCAAGGCGGAUAGUCGUGUUUGCGCUCCUGGGACGUAUCAAUGCAGCCAUGUUCAGAGGUGGGGCUGGGAUGUUUGCUCGACUGAGGGCAAGUGGGUGAGGGGUGGAUCUUGUGAGACUGGGAAGACGUGCUCUUUCAACGCCCUGAACGGUUCUCCUUACUGCGUCUAG